AUGCGCACCGACAAACCACGCGACCCGGUAGCCGGGCCCGACGCAGGUCCGGAAGCUCCCUACCCCGUGCGAUUAUCAGGACCAGUGAUCAAAGGAUUUGGCCGCGGCAGCAAAGAUUUAGGAAUCCCAACCGCCAACAUCCCCGCCGAUGACCUGUCAGAGAAGCACCCGGAGCUGGCAACUGGCGUCUACUACGGUGUUGUGGCGCUCGACCCGAAAACAUACCAACAUGAGACGGCCCAGAGCAGUUCAUCUGAAGCAGUGGUCUUGCCUGCGGUGCUGAGUAUCGGAUAUAACCCUUUUUAUAAGAAUACUGUGCGAUCAGUGGAAAUCCACAUCAUGCCCGCUCUCACAGAACCAUCGCCCACGGCCACGGGACAAGAAGGUCAGACCAAGUUCAAUCGUCUACCGGAUUUCUAUCAAACGAGACUUAACCUGCUUAUUCUGGGUUACAUCCGACCUGAGUUCGACUAUGUCUCGAUGGAGGCACUGAUUGAGGAUAUUCGCGUGGAUUGUGAGGUUGCGCGGGAAAGUCUGUCGCGAGAGGCCUAUAAGUGCUAUCUUAUUGAUGAGGGCAAGUCAUCCGAGAAGGUCCGUGAGGAUCAUCGGUGGUUGGUGAGCUUUAGUUAG